CAACCAGCCGCUGCUUGGAUGAGGGAGAAGCAACCUAUCAAGCAACCUAAGCUGCGAAAAAGAAGAAACACGUCUCGAGUUCUCUUCAGGGGAAAGAAGCGAAAUUACUCCAAAGUCGUUGCAAGUCGUUUUAAAAGCAUGUGGGAUCAAUGUGGAUAUGAGAUGGCGUCGACAUAUGCGUUAUGAUUUGAGCUGAGAGAAAGGAGUUGAAAUAAUUUCCCCCCAGAUUUGGAAAUCGUAACUUCAGGAGAGGGUGUUUGGAAAACGCUGUAUUUGGAAGAGGAGGCAUCUUUGAACAUUAUAAAGUCAUGGCAGGCUGGGCGAGGCAGUGGCCUGCUGCUCCAGAGGGACCAGGCUCAGGGCCUGCAGGUGGACAGCUGAGGAUCAGAGCUCCAGGCCUGGGCAGGAUGAGUCGGCGGGAGGGGAUCUCACGGACUCCAAGUGAAGAACACAGAGGAUGGGGGCCAACGGUUCCAGUUCCCCCCACUCCUGCUCCACUCGUCUGGGGGGGCAGGCGCAGGCACAGCACACAUUUAUAGGGACGUCGUCGUACUCCCAGCACGGCUAUGGCUGGGAUGCCAGGCUGUACAGCCUGGAGCACGGCUCCGAGCGGCCCGCCGACAGGAAGAAGAAAAGCCUGGGCCUGGCCACGCUGAAACGCCGCUUCAUCAAGCGCCGCAAGUCCGGCCGCUCGGCCGACCACGCGCGCCAGCUCCGUGACCUGCUGUCGGGCUGGGACUUCCGCGACGCCAGCGCCCUGGUGGAGGAGUACGAGGGCACGGCCGCCCUCAAGGAGCUGAGCUUCCACGCCGGCCUGGCGAGGGCCGAGGCCCCCAGCCUGCAGAGAGACCUGGCAGCUCUCUAUCAGCACAAGUACUGCACCGACGUGGACCUGGUCUUCCAGGACACCUGCUUCCCAGCCCACCGCGCCAUCCUGGCCGCCCGCUGCCCCUUCUUCAAGACGCUGCUGUCGUCGGCGCCCGGCUACGGGGCCGAGGUGCUCAUGGACAUCGAGACAGCGGGCAUCGACGUGCCCAUGUUCUCGGCGCUGCUGCAGUACCUGUACACGGGCGAGCUGGGGCGGGGCGGGGCGGGGGACGCCCGGCUGCAGAACGUGGACCCCAGCGCAGGGCCGGCUGAGAGGCCAGGGCUGGCCGGGGGCCAGUUCAAAGCAUCUCUGUCUGGACCAGCGCAGCAGGGCUCUAUCUCCAUCAUCUGUAACGGCCUGUGUUCCCCAGGCUGUGAGGACCUGAUUGUGGAGAGCUUGUCUCUGGACUCCCUGGAACCCAUCCUGAAGUGGAGCUCCCAGCCCUACGGAUCCAAGUGGGUCCACCGCCAGGCACUGCACUUCCUGUGCGAGGAGUUCAGCCAGGUGGUCACCUCAGACGUGCUGUACGAGCUCAGCAAGGAACACCUUCUCAGCGCCAUUCGGUCAGACUACCUGCAGGCGAGUGAGCAGGACAUUCUCAAGUACGUUGUUAAGUGGGGCGAGCAGCAGCUUAUUAAGAGGAUGGCAGACAGGGAGCCCAACCUGCUGAGCGGGACAGCCCACAGUGUGAACAAGCGUGGGGUGAAGAGGAGGGACCUGGACGUGGAGGAGCUGAAGGACAUCCUGUCUCCCCUCCUGCCCUGCGUGCGCUCCCAGCACAUCCUCCCCGCCAGCAGUGACGUCCUGGCUGACGCCAUGAAGAGGGGUCUGAUCAGCACCCCUCCCUCUGACAUGCUCCCCACAGCCGAGGGGGGGAAGGACAACGCCUGGCUGCGUCAGAAGAACGCAGGCAUCUACGUCAGGCCCCGCCUCUUCUCCCCCUACGUGGAGGAAGCCAAGUCGGUGCUGGAUGAGAUGAUGGUGGAGCAGACCGACCUGGUACGCCUGCGUCUGGUUCGCAUGUCCAACGUCCCCGACACCCUCUACAUGGUCAACAACGCCGUGCCCCAGUGCUGUCACAUGAUCAACCACCAGCCAGCGGCUGCCAACCAGAGCACAGCGCCGUCUGUGGUGGCCAAUGAGAUUCCAGUGCCCGGGCUUGCGGUGGUGAAGGAGAUGGUGCACAGGCUGCAGGAGCUGAGGCACACGGAGCAGGUGCAGCGGGCGUACGCCCUUAACUGCGGCGAGGGCGCCACCGUCAGCUACGAGCUGCAGCUCCGCGUGCUGCGGGAGUUCGGCCUGGCGGACGGAGCCACAGAGCUGCUGCAGAACCCCUACAAGUUCUUCCCAGAAGAGCGAUUCGGUGAUGAGAGCCCGGGGCCAGCUCUGCGCCAGGUGGGUCGUUGCCGGGUCAACAGUAGCCCGGCGAUGGACAGCAUGUUCACAGACCUGGAGGGGCUGUCAGGUUUCCACCCUCCCCUGCCUCCCCCUCCUCCCCCCUACCACCCCCCUGCCACCCCCAGCCACGCUCAGCUGAAGGGGGCCUGGAGGCCGCGGGUUCCCAUGCCAACCCCGACCCGCUCCUUCUCCUACCCCUGCACCCUGCUCCAGCGCCACGCACCCAGCCAGCUGAGCAGCCCUGACUACCCCUCCUCAUCCAGACCCCCUCCGCCCCCUCCGCCCGACUGCACCACCCCCCAGGCCAUGGGCCGGUCCCUGCUCGCAGACCAGCAGAUGAGCGUGGAGCCUGUGAUGAGAGAGUUCAUGCCGGACAUUGCCCGGGGGGUUUCGGUCCUGACCCUCAGGGAGCAGCACAAGGCCGAAAGGGUGGACAGCGAGGAUUCCACUCCCAUGACCCCCUCGGCCCCCCACCCACCCCAGGGGCAGUGCCCCUCCUCCCGCCACAGGGACAUUCACGGCCCCUCCUGUAAGAGACACGCCCCGGACCCCAAACUUGAGGCCCAGGGGGACUACCCCGACCACUACGACUUCUCCUGUGGACCCUCCACCCCCACCUCCGGCCACCCCCCACCCUACUACGCCAGGCCUGACCUCUACAGCCACAGCUGCAACCCCUCCAGCACCCUCCCACCCUCCUACCUGUCUGACGGCCAGCCCCCCGGCCACGCCCAGGGACGGCCAGCCCCAGACCCCCUGAGGCUGGACCUGCUGGGGCUCCCCCCCCCGCCGCAGGACGCGGCCCAGGCUAACCCUCCAGGGGGGGGGGACACGCCCAGGGGACGAGCCAACGAGACGGACCUGACCCGCGGGUUGGGGCACUUUCGGAGCUCCCCCAGUGGGAACCUGGAGGGGUAUGAAGGGAGGCCCUCCUCCCACAGGGAAGCCCCAGAGGAGAGGCUGGUGGCUGGGGAGACGUCAGGAGCAGGGCCCCUGCAGCCCCAGAGCGACGGUGUCAGCGAGGAGGCAGGCAGAGACCGCCGGGCACCCAGCAAGCCUGAGUACCCUUACAAAAAGUCGGCACUUUAACCCCGGCAUGGACCGUGUGGGCUGAGUUAUGAAAAGGGAACAGUGAGGGGGGGGGGAGAUGACCCCUCUAAUAUCCACAGCAGAGCACUCAUUUGUGUGAGAGUGUGUAUGUGGAGAGAGAAAGAGAAGACACACAGAGUGAAGGGAUUGCAGGAAAUUUGCUAUUAGUGUGUGUGUGUGUGUGUGUGUGUGUGUGUGUGUAUCCCAGUACUCUAUAUAUCCUGGUCACAGUAGCUGGAGGUCUGUAGGUUGGUGAAGGAACAAUGGCUCUAGUGUUGCUUCUGCCUGUUUGGAUUUAUACAGCUGAAGCUAGCCUCAGUCAUGCAGGCUGGGAGUGAUAAAUCAUGGACACGUCUGUGUUCUUUUCCCUGCUCCCGGCCCUCUCUCCUGGCUGACACGCUAACCCUGGAGCAGCGAUAAGUAGCAAAACCGAGAAUGGCCGGGCAGGAAGUUGGUUGAAACAGGAUGUAGGUCAGUUGAGGUCAUUGUUGUUGUGUGGAUGCUGCUGUUGUCUUUGGAGUCAUUGUGUCCAGCCCCAUCCAGGUGCUUUUACAGAGGUGCAUGGAGAGGGGAGGGGGGGU